GCUCCAUCUAUGAAAGGUUUGGAAGUGAAUGCUGCCUGUCAACAGGAGAAGUCAUUAAAGUUAUAGGCUUCAAAAUUAAUAAGCUCAUAGCAAGUAUCUGUGAGAAUAAUGAAGUCAGCCAGUUUUCAGCCAAAGUGGAAUUACCACUGAAUUUUCCUGGUCUUUAUAAGGUUGUGGCAGAUAAAACUCCAUAUGUCAGCAUUGAAGAAAUUACAAGAAAAGUCUCUAUUGGGCCAACAAGAUUUGGCCAUCCAUGUUUCUACAGCCCCGAGGAUAUAAAGUUGGCAAACCUCACUAUCAAACGUGGUGAGCACAUCACCUUCAACUCAGUGGAAGACGUCAGUGGAACAAUGGUUGUGAACUGUGUUGUGCUCAGAAAUAACCAGUCUCAUUCCUUUACUUUGCCCCUUUCACAAGAAGGAAAAUUCUAUGAGUGUGAAGAUGACCAGAUAUACACCCUGAAAGAGAUUGCAGAAUGGAAAAUCCCUAAGUGCAGAAACCGGAUUGUCAAACUUUCCAAUACUUUACAUAAGUGGGACUCCUCUAAUCCACUUCCUGAGAAUUUUGAUGGCUGCUUGAUUCUCACGCCUGUCUACGAAGUGCAGGCAGUAAUGAAAUUUCGAAAGGACAUAGUUCGUAUCCUCUCAGAUCUAGAUGUCGAGGUCAAGGAUAUAACAGACUGUUAUGAUGUUAGCUCUUUCCUUCAGCCACUGUCUUUGGAAGAUGUAUUUGAGAGAACAAGCAAGGAAUUUCCUGUGGUUGCUCAGAUAAUGGAAGGGCCUUCAGAAAGCCAAAAAUCUUUUAAAUUUUUGGAUACAGGGAAUGAGAUCAUUAUCUACAAAAAGUACCAGGCAACAAGAGUCCUAGCCUCAGAGAUCAGAAGUGAUUCACCCAAAAGAUAUUUUUUAAUCCCUAUGAGCUACAAAGGAAAGUUCAAAAGAAGACCUCGGGAGUUUCCAACUGCCUAUGACUUAGAGAUAGCAAGAAGUGAAAAGGAACAACUUCAUGUUGUAGCAACUAAAGCCUUUGAUUCCCCUCAUAAAGAGCUUUUCUCUGUUUCAGUUGGAGAUCAAUUUCUAGUUCAGCAAUGCCAGACUAGUGAAGUUCUGUAUAAGGGAAGAAAGAAACUCAUAGACUUUUUAGCUUGUGAACAAAUACUAGGUGACACAUAUAAGAAAGUUCUCCUCCCUAUGUACAUGGAAGGUAGAUUUGUGGAAGUGAUUCAUGACAAGAAACAGUACCAGCUUUCUGAGAUUUGCAAAGAAUUUCGUUUGCCUUUUAACGUCAAAGUGUCUGUGAGGGACCUUUCUAUUGAGCAAGAUGUCGUGGCUGCCGUGCCUGGUCUGCAGUUUGAAGAAGAAAUCACAGACUCUUAUUUGCUGAUCAGUAGUGCCAGUAGUCCAGUGGAGAGCUGGGAGAUUCCUGUAUAUCGCUUAAACAUGUGUGUCCAUUUGCUCAGCAAAGAUGUCCAGACAGCUGUGCCCCCUGUGACUAAGACAAAAGUGGAAGAGAUCAGUGAAGAGCAAUACUAUAUGGUGCGAAGAUACGAAAACCAAACCCUUCGUUCACCACCCAGGCCUCCCAAGAAGCCAACAAUGCUUGCACCAAAACCUGGUUUUGCAGUACCUAAGCACGGUGUUUCUGAUGUACUACAAGCUCCAAAG